AUGAAAGGUGGUGCAGCUGUAUAAUAAAACUCUGUGAUUGAUAAGAUAUCAAUAUUAUUGAAUAAGAUAUUUGCAUAUAGCAAUUUAGCAGAAAGAGAAGGAAAAGGAAUUUGCCCAAAUAUUUUCACACGAUAGUAAGAUAUCAUCCAGAAAUUGGUUUCUCUGCAAAGAAUGGGAGUAAACGAUGAGAUAUUUGUUACGGGAUUAUUUUUGGUUGACCGUCUGACAACAAAUAACAACUUUUACCUAAAUAAAAGGAAUAUUUACAAUCUUCUGAUGACAGCCAUCAUUCUCUGUCUUAAGAUGUAUGACGAUAACCAAAAUGUCUAACACAUCUAUUCAAUCAUUUUUGAAACCAAUAGAGAGAUCCUCAACAAAAUGGAGAAAAAAUUCAUGAAGCUCAUAAAAUACUAACUAUUUGUGAAAACAGAAGAUUUCUUCAAUUACAGAGCGCGGUUACUUAAAUUAAAAGAUUGAUGGUUUGCACAACUCAU